AUGUCUGAACCCCUAGUAUGUUUGCUUGCAGAGUUUUGCUCGGAGGAUCCUCCACAAAUCAAAUACGCCACCCACAAAGCCCACACGUACAAAAAUGGCACCUUGCUGGCAUGUGAAUGCAAGAGAGGCUUUCGCAGAAUACAUAAUGAAUACAUUGUGUGCACCGCAUCUCCUGGUCACGCCUCGUGGGAAAACAAAUGUCGAUGCAUAAGUACUGGCCCUGGGAGCCCAAAAAAGCCCGUUACACCUCCACCUGAAGGGCAGGAAGAAAGCAAACCCACGGAAAUGGAACGUCAAGUGGUGUCCCUGGAACAAGCAAACCUUCCAGGGCAGUGCGGGGAGCCUCCGUCCUGGGAACAUGAAGCCAUUGAGAAGACCUAUUUUUUCAUGGUGGGGCAGACGAUUCAAUACCAGUGCCUCGAGGGCUAUCGGGUCCAACAGAGAGGCCGCGCCGAAAGCACCUGCAGACUGAUCUGUGGGAAAGCAAGGUGGACACAGCCCAGGCUCACCUGCACCAAGGACACAGGUAAAGAAGAGGCUGAAUCAAGCACUGAUGUUCUUCCUGAGGGUGAACCUUCCUGUCCCUCAAUAACAACAGUUUCUCAAAAACACACAGAAGUGGUUACAACCAUGGAGACGUUCAUAGUUACGACGUGGUACGAGAUUGCAGUGGCCAGCUGUGUUUUCCUGCUGCUCAGUAUCCUGCUUCUGAGUGGACUCACCUGGUGGCAGAAAUGGAGGAAGCGCAGAACAAUCAUCUAG